AUGAUGCUCCUGUGCUUCUUCCUGACCGUGAUAGGCCAGACGGUACUUGGUGCCCCGUCAGUCAAUCACGACUCCCGCCCAAGGCCCGCCUGCGACAAGGUCACGAUUCCACAACUCGAUGGCUUGACGGUGACCUCAGCUCAGAGCGUGGAAGUGCACAACUACACUCUCCCGUCUAAUCCAUCUGGGUCACAGGCCAGCUUUUGCAACUAUACUCUCACACUCAACCAUGACGGUGCGAACGACGUGGUCUUCGUCAGCAUUUGGCUCCCACUCGACAACUGGAACGGUCGCUUCCUCGCAACUGGUGGAGGAGGUCUCGCUGCUGGCACGUUUGAAUCUGCCAUGACGGAUCCGGUGUCCAAAGGUUACGCCGCCGGCUCGACUGAUGCGGGUUUGACCUUGAAUCACACGAUUGAUCCUAACUCCGGAGAAUGGGCGUUGAACCCUGACCGCAGCAUCAACACCGCCCUCAUUGAGAACUUCGCGACUCGUUCCAUUCAUGAGAUGGCUCUCAUAGGCAAGGCAGCCGUCAGGUCGUUCUAUGGCACCGACCCUCAGCACUCCUACUACAGUGGCUGCUCUCAAGGUGGCAGGCAAGGCUACUUCGCCGCGCAGUAUAGCCCAGAAGACUUUGAUGGUAUCUUGGCUAACGCGCCUGCGAUCAAUACGCCCCAAGUAUCUCCUGGAGACUUUUGGCCUUCGGUGGUAAUGGGAAACAUUGCCGCUCCGCCUCAAUGCGUCUUCCAGACUUAUCAAGCGGCGAUCAUCGCUGAAUGCGAUCCUUUGGAUGAUGCUACGGAUGGUCUCAUUUCGGCCCCCGACAAGUGCAACUUCGACACCAGCAAAAUGGUCGGACAGGAGGUCAACUGCACUGAUACGAACGGAGUUGUGUCGAUCACCGAGGCCUACGCCGAGGUUGUCGCAAAGACACUCGAGGGUGCCACAACCACGUCUGGAGAGUUUUUGUGGUACGGCAACCCUCCCGGGGCGCCGUUCAGCGGGCUCGCCAAUACCAAGACAGAAAAUGGCGCGACGGUUCCCGUCCCAUUCGCCCCCGCGGAAGCUUGGAUGCGUUACUUUGUAGCCCAGAAUCCAGACCUCGACACCGCGUCCCUGACGUUUGCGGAGUUUGAGAACAUCUUCCAACAGUCGGUCGAUAAAUACAUCGAGCCUUUCGGUACUGACGCACCCGACCUGACGGCAUUCAAAAAUGCCGGCGGCAAGUUGUUGACGUGGCACGGCAUGGCUGAUCCGCUCAUCGCUCAUCCGGGAACGACGCUCUACUGGGACCGGCUGCGAAAGAAGAUGGGAGGCACAGAGGACCUCAACGAGUUUUAUCGAGUCUUCCUUGCACCCGGAGCCGGCCAUUGCGGUGGCGGAUACGGACCCGUCCCCGUUGAUCCUUUGUCUAUUCUGGUAGGCUGGGUUGAGAAGGGCAAAGUGCCUGACACGCUGUUUGCAACCACGACUCAAGAUGGCGUUGACACGACCCGAAAUCUGUGCCCCUAUCCGCAGUCUCUCAAAUACAAAGGAGGAGGGGACUUGAAGGACGCAGCUAACUUUGUCUGUGAGAAGUGA